GACUUUUGUCCCGCCCCACACACUGGCGCCAUACCAAAGCUCAUUGCGUCGCACGCCUUCCUAGCAGGCGCGUCUUUACCCGAACGAGUCUUACGGGAAGCGUCCGUUGACACAGGUGUAUCAGGAUGUAGGUGUCUGGUGUUCUUUUUCAUAAAGGAGGAGGCUUCUUUUUGUUCCUGGCCUGGUGCAAAGAGCAAGGUUUGGACCGACUGUUAGGAUCUGACAUUAAAAAAAAAAAAAAAAAAAAAAAAAAAAAAUGAGGUUGGCAGGGCCCUUGCGGAUUGUAGUGGUCCUUGUGACAGUAGGGCUCACAUGGAUAGUGGUCAGUACCAUGCUGGGUUCAGACAGAGGUUUCCUCCAUGUUGGACAGCUAUUUCCUGCUCAGAAUGAAGGACCAACAGCAGCAGACAUGAGGCCUAAGAGGUAUAAGUGUGGCCUACCAAUGCCCUGUCCAGAGAAGUACUUUGCCUUUCGAAUUGUCAGUGGAGCAGCUAAUGUCAUUGGGCCCAAAAUUUGCUUGGAAGACAGAAUACUCAUGAGCAGUGUUAAGAACAAUGUUGGACGUGGUGUGAACAUUGCUUUAGUUAAUGGAGUCACAGGUGAGCUCAUAGAGGCACGUUUUUUUGACAUGUGGGAAGGAGAUGUCAAUGAACUGCUCAAGUUCCUCCGACCACUGCAUGAAGGAACACUUGUAUUCGUUGCCUCUUAUGAUGAUCCAGCUACAAAAAUGAAUGAGGAGGCACGGAAGAUUUUUACUGAUCUUGGUAGUACUGCUAUCAAGGAUGUGGCUUUCCGAGACAGCUGGGUGUUUGCUGGGGCUAAAGGAAUUGAUGACAAGUCUCCUUUUGAGCAGCACAUAAAGAACAAUAAGAAUAAUAACAAAUAUGAAGGCUGGCCAGAAGCUUUAGAAAUGGAAGGCUGUAUCCCACAAAGGUCCUUGGAGGAGCAGUGAAUUGCUAUAAUUAUUGAAGCAUGUAAACAUAGCUUCACACACAGACUGUGCUCAUUGCGUUAAGUCAUUAAAGCAUCUUGAAACACUUUAGUAGGAACUCGCAUGAUCCACUAAAAGACUUUAUCCCAAUCAUCCCACAAAAUGCCUCUUCAGUGAGCAGCGUUGUGUUUUGAAUAUAUGCGAUUUUGGAGACAAGAUUUGUUACAUUAAAUGUGCUUUGCCAUUCUUAUGGCAAGUUGACUUUAAGGUUCUCAAUGAGAAUCAAUUCAUACUGACUGGUUCAGUUUAGUAAGCAAGCCAUACAUAUGGUGGACAUUACAGUGUAUGGAAUAUAUCUGCACAAACCCAAACACUGAAUGGUCUCCAUAGAUUUGCUCAGCUUUUAAUACAUUUGCUUCUGUUGCGCCAUGGCACAAAGAGUUACCUCAUUAUAAUCUAUACUGCUUUACACCUCCUGUGCUAAGUUAGUGCCUUUCUCUAUCCUGUAAGGCUAGAAAGAACAGUUACUUCCCAUUUCUAUAGCUACAACCUCAAAAGUCUAGUAAUAAUUUUGCUCUUUGUUAUCUUUCUGCAAUAAUUGAUUUACUAAUUGCCAUAGUUUAUUCAUUCUUUCAGUUUGGUAACAAUAAUUACUUCCUUGUUUAAAGCGCCCUGGCACCCAGCUUUUGUAAUAAUAGGUGCCUUGAAGCUUGCUUCUUAUUUGAAAUCACAUCUUUCCUAAUUUUAAGUACAGUAAAUGCCAGUUUCUAAUGUUGCACUACCUGAUUCUGCCAUCAUAUAAUAACAGGCUUUGAAUAUACUUGCAUCUAUCAUAGUUUGCCCAAGUUUAAAAGUGGCUAAAAAAAUAUGAUUUUUUUUUAUAAAAGUAAUAAUUCCUGGAGAUUGUUUUAAAAUUUAGAGUUAGGUUUUAAAUUGGACAAUAAAAAUGUUUAAUGAACAUUUUCUUAAUAAAUCGUUAACGCAAAACAUGCAUAGCAAUAUUAGUGACUUAAUGUGACUUAAUUUAGAUACGUUUGGAUUCACAAAUCCAGAUCCGUUAUGAAGGAAAAGAGUACUGCAGAUUUCACUCCACAGCUUGUAAACAUGCAAAGCCAUUGCUGCUGGGUUCACACAAGUGCCUUCAGUGGGUUCAUUAUAUCUACAGUUUGACACAGAAGAAUGUGAAACAAGAACUGUGAAUAAGGAACUACUAAAAUAAAUAUUUUUUGCCUUUCUUGUAAAUGUGAAUGAAUUUUGUUGAAAUUUUCAUGUGUCCUUCGAUCUCAAAAGAGUGAAAAGCUAUACAUAUGCAUAAGCAUAGAGCUUUCUGUAAAAGCUAGGCAGUUUUCAGAAAACGUGUGUUGACAGAUACAAGUCUUUCUCAAACUGGCUUUAUGCCAAAUCACUGUUAACUGCCCCAUUUGUUCUCAUUUUGUUCAUAAUUUAGUUUAAAGAAGAAUUUAUUUACUAAUUACACCACUUAAAUUACUAACAACAUCCACACAGUUAAAGUAUCUCCUACCUUGCUUCAUCAAAAACCUAUUAUAUAUAUUCUUUAAUGUGUUAAUACAGUGGAACCUCUAGAUACGAGUUUAAUUCGUUCCAGCACUGAGCUUGUAUAGCGAAUUUCUUGUAUCUAGAACAAACGUCCCCAUUGAAAAUAAUGGAAAUCCAGUUAAUCCGUUCCGCAUCCCAAAUAUAUUAACAUAAAAAUCAAUUUUCCUAACAAAUAACACUGAUAAAUUAUAUAUACUGUAGUCUACCUUUAAUAAAUAACACUGGUAAAUAAUAUAACUGAUUAUUAAAAGAAUCAAAACAGGUGUCCAAAGUGCAGUAGAGCAUUCAAUAAAUCUUUAAAUAAAUAAUCCUUAAAACAGUUGUGAAGUGGAGGUUUAAAGUACAUAAGAAUAAGAAUCCUUUAACACGAGGUUAAAACGUCAACAGGAAGUAGUCUUCAAAAAACAGAUGACAAUCCCCGGUGCUUCUUCUCUGUUAGCGUCUCACCUGCUUCUCCCAUGCGGGCUCUGCAACAGGCGAGACACUUAAUGCAGCUGACCUUCUCUACACCGUCCUGCUUCAGCUGUUUGGCUCGCCUGUUCAGCUACACGCGAGCCUGUACUCGCUCGCUCUCUCGCACCGACUUCCUACUGCUGCUGAUUCCUGCCUCCUCCUGCAACCUCCGUUCUCUCUCCUCUCCUCUCUUUUCUUUUACUUCUUCUCCCCCUUAACCGGCUCACGCUUCUCUAUAUACGCGGGGAAGACAUGGCAGCUGCUAGGGUUACCACUUUUAAUACAAAAAAAUAAGGGACGCAUACGUAUUGAUUCAAAACGGGACGCGCAAUUUCAUUCUCAAAUACGGGACGAUUCCGUAUUUUAAAGGACGGGUGGCAACCCUGCCCAGCCCAUCAGCCACAGGACAAAUCAUGGAUGUGGGCAGUUUCCCACCUGUGCACUUAGGUGAGAAACGCAGACACCGCAGAUCGCCCUGCGGCUCGCUACAGCUACCACGCCCCCUCGCUAAGCCGCGAAGCUAUACCCACAGCCUGGCUCGUGGCUCGUUACAUGAGCCAAUGCUCGUAUUUAGAUCUGAAUUUUUCGCUCAUACUUUCCUCGUAUUUUGAAUUUCUCGUAUACAGAGGUGAUCGUAUCUUGAGGUUCCACUGUACCACUAAUAUCAAUUACUCUUUCAUUCAUUAUUUUUUAGUAAAUAAUUUUAUUUAUUGAGCCAAGAUCUACCUUCAUUUUUAUAUUGUAUAUUUCUCUUUUUGUUAUUAAUAUAAUUUAUAUUUGUUGUUCUUCCUGUCAUUAUACAGUAAAUAAUUUUCUUAAUUUAUCAAUCCUAAAUUUUUCCUUUUUAAGUGUUUCAGUCCAUGCGUGUACUGUUCGGUUUUGGGAGAUCUCUUAAUUGAUCUUUGUAACACCAGUAAUGUUUUAAUAAUCUAUUAGGAUCAUGGCAACACUGGCAGCAAUGCUUAAAGUCAAUUUUCCGCCAGACUACUUUAGCAGUGUAGAAUUAAAUCUCAGUCUCGAUGCUGAAGUAAUUUGAGUUUGAGUAGGCUAUGAUGGAAAAACAAGCAAAUGUUCAGUUAUCUGAAUUUUGUCAUUAGUGGUUAAUAUUCUUUUUAUGAUAUGCUUCGAUUUACAUUAGACUAUAUGGAUUAGAGUUCCUGACUUCUCACUGCAGAUUGAGUAGAAUUAUGAUUUUGUUGCAUUAUGACAUGUUGAUUUAGCAUAUGCAAGCAAGUAUUUCAUGGAACUCUGUACAUGUGACAGUAAUGACUAAAACCUUACCAACCACAUUUUGUUGUGCUCAAGGGAUUAAAAAAAUAUAUAAAAUCUAGUCUACACUAGAGUAGGUACUCUCAGAUUAUCUAUCUGUACCUAUUCUGAUAUACAUACUAUAUAUAUAGACUGUACAAACCCUCUAAAUUUUUGUGAAGAGGUCUUUCUUGAUUUGGACUUUAAUGCACUUCUAUUCCCAUUGGUGUAGUUUAUUAUGUAUUGCAUUAUUGACCUAGGCCCAAGCCUGUUCCAGGUUUUGUUUCUGCUUUACACUGAUGCUGUUCGGUUAGGCUGUUCUCCCAGUGGUGAUGUAAUGGAAUAAGAGCCACAGAAAGAUGGUGGAUGGCAUCUUAAUGGCCCACUUUAUCAGUCCUUUUAAAGAAUUUUAAAGAGGUGGAUUAGGUGACCCAGCCUUCUCUAAAUUUUUCAGUUCCUUUAUACUGUGAAAGUAGUUAAUGUUCUUCGAUCCAAGAUUGUGUCUCAUUGACUUUGUCAGCACAGCCUUUAGUUUUCUUCUAAUAGCUGAGAAGCCAGAGUUACCAAACUAUCCUCCAGAUGUAACCUUUUCAUGUUAGUUUUUUUUAAAUAAGUAGCAUCACCAGUAGUAGUAGGUAACAGUGAUAGUACAUGAAAUAUAACUGGUGUCAACUGAAAUAGCAUUAUAUGGAAAGGUUUCAUUGCUUCUGUCUUUACUGUUAAAAUCUGUAUAUUUGCUCAGUGAAACAUGAUGUUUAAAAGAGAGACAACUGAUAACUGACAAAGACUGUCAAAUAAUAUGAAUCAAAUAUCUUGCAUUUUGUAGCUCAGUAUCAGUUAAGUUUCAUGCAAUUUUUAUGCACCCAAUGUCCAGCCAAAAUGAAGAAAAGUAAAGUCAUUCAAAUGUUUCCUUUCAACAUAAAAGUCUGUUUAUUCUCUUUUGUAACAACAGUACAAUGCAUCAUUGCCAUCGGUAUGAUCUUCUAUAGCUGCAGUUGAUGCAAGAAGUAACAUUACACAAUUUCUCCGAUAAACCAAUAGAAGCCCACCUUGGACAUCCAUAUGUUAUGCAGCAAAUCCAUAUUAGCUUAGCAAUAAAAAAAAAUGACUAUAAAAAUUAUACCAGCAAAAGAAACCUAUGCUCAUUGAAGAUAUACAGUUGGGCUUUUCAAUAAUUUUGAAUGUCUGAAAUGCAACUCUGUAAAUUGGAAUGAGAAAUCAAGUUAUUGUUUAGUUGAACGCAACUCUUUGCGUUUCUCAUUAAAAAACGUUUCUGUGGCUUAAUUAUGAUGCCUGACUAUUCGAGGUUCCUGACAGCAGUCAUUUAUCGUGUCCAACAAUGUUCUGUUUGUGACUGCUUUGCACCCAGAUUUCUACGUAUUGACAGAUGUUUUUACUAAAGAACUGUCAGUGGUGUGCUCUUUCAGCUCAGGUAUAUCCACAUUUUAAUAUUUUCUGUCUAAGAAUGCAGUUUUGUGUGUUGCUUUAAGUUUGACACUGCCCUAAAACCAGCUAUGCCUCAGUUUAAACCUGUGAAUGUCUAAUUGGGAAAGGUAAUACUAUGUGUAACUGUAUUUUAAAUUUUCUGUUGCUUUUAUAAAUAUUUUUUCAAUAUUGGUGUGUUUGCUAAAAUAAAUAAAUAUCUUAACAUAG